AUGGAAUCAACUAUCGAGUUAUCUAAACAUUUAGAUGUCGUCAAAAUAGCUAGACCUGGAGAUAAGGUAUAUAAAGACGAAUGUGUCUAUUCAUUUGAUACACCAGAAUCUCCAUCGGGCUUGUACGUAAGUCUUACAAGUUUUCAUGGACUUGGUCGCGAUUACGUUGAAAGAUAUUACAACAAAACUGGACAUCGCAUUUAUCUUAACAUAAAACGAAUUAAAGAAGCAUCGAAAGAACAACCGGCUGACGGACCUGCUAAAAAAAUAACUCGUUUGGCAAUCGGUGAACCCGGUGGAUUUAAUCCCAAUGAAAAAAAAUAUACUAUUAAAGAAUCUUAUAAAAUUGUCAUUUUGCCGAAUUUUACUUCUUUUGAUUAUCCAUCAGAUGAAAUACCACCCGAAAUAAAUAAUUCAGUAACGUCAAUUUUAAACGCCGAAUCAGCAACCAAAGCAGCUGAAAGAGAAGCUCUGUCGGGUACUUGGGAUGGUGAAGCUAAAAUAAUUUCAAAGCAUGCAUCGAAUUUAUUGCAAUUAGAUAACGGAAGAAAAAUACCACCGAGUGAUUGGAAGUGUGAUAAGUGCGAUUUGAAUCAAAACUUGUGGUUGAAUUUGACUGACGGAUCGAUAUUGUGUGGACGUAAAUUUUAUGAUGGUUCUGGUGGUAAUAAUCAUGCUGUCCAACAUUAUCAAGAGACCAAUUAUCCUUUAGCUGUUAAGUUAGGAACGAUUACUAAAGAAGGAAAGGGAGACGUUUACUCUUACGAUGAAGAUGAUAUGGUUGAAGAUCCGAAUUUAAUUGAGCACUUGGCCCACUGGGGUAUCAACAUCACUCAGUUAGAAAAAACAGAAAAAUCUAUGGUAGAAUUAGAGUUAGACCUCAAUCAAAAGUUCGGAGAAUGGGUCGCACUUCAAGAAGCUGCCAGUAAAUUGACUCCAAUUUACGGCCCUGGCUUUACUGGUCUCGUUAAUCUUGGAAAUUCUUGUUAUUUAAAUAGCGUAAUGCAAAUGAUUUUUAUGAUUCCGGAUUUCAUUAAUCGAUUCGUUGUCUCGGCGUCGGAAAUUUUUGACACCAAUACUGUCGAUCCAGCAAAUGAUUUUAAUGUCCAAAUGGCUAAAUUAGGAUCUGGUUUAUUGUCUGGUAAAUAUUCAGUCGCUCCUAAAUCAGAAGAUCAAAAUGAAGCGCAGCAUGGCAUUGAACCUCGAAUGUUUAAAAGUCUUAUAGGCCGUGGGCAUCCAGGAUUUUCGUCUCACCGUCAGCAAGAUGCUCAAGAAUUUUUAUUGCAUUUAUUGAGUAUUUUAGAACGUCAUAGUGUUCAUCAAAUAAAUCCAGCAAAUUGUUUUAAAUUUAAAGUUGAAGAACGUUAUGAAUGCAGUAGUUCUGGUAAUGUUAAAUAUUCAUAUCGUCCAGAAUAUUUAUUACCAAUUCCAAUACCUAUGGGAGCAGCAACAAAUAAAGACGAAGUUGCCGCACAUGAGAGAGAAAAAAAGGAGGCUGAAGCUGCUGGUAGAAAAUUAGAUUCCAGUAUUAUUGUAAGACCGCAUAUUAAAUUUUCAUCGUGUCUUGAAACAUUUGCUGGAGUUGAAUCUAUUGAACAAUUUUACAGCAGUGCAAUAAAUGGUAAAACAACUGCCAGAAAAAUUACAAGACUUGCAACAUUUCCAGACUACCUACUGAUACAUUUAAAAAAAUUUACUGUCAAUGAAGAUUGGACAUUAGCUAAAUUAGAUGUUGCUGUUGAAAUGCCUGAUAUAUUGGAUUUAAAUUCUCUGCGUGGAUGUGGAUUACAACCAAAUGAAAAAUUAUUACCAGAAUCAGCAGCUGAAAUUCCAAUGCCUGUUUACGACCAGACUAUUUUAAGUCAAUUAAUAGACAUGGGUUUCCCGCCAGAGGCGUGUAAAAGAGCAUUAUAUUUCACUGAAAAUCAAGGGCUCGAAGUCGCUUCUAAUUGGCUCUUAGAGCACAUGAUGGAUUCUGAUUUCGCAGACAAAUUUGUACCACCGGGAAUUGAAAUAACAUUAUCGAAAGCACCAUUUGUACCAAGUGAAGCAGGUCUUGAAUAUCUGUUGAGUUUAGGAUUCGCUGAAGAUCGUGCUAUUAAGGCACUUAAGGAAACGGACAAUAAUAUGGAACGUGCUGUUGACUGGAUAAUCAGUCAUCAAGAUGAACUCGAUACUCAUGGAAUGGUAGAAGAUGAGAGCAAACCUGCUCAAGCUGAUUAUCGUGAUGGAAACAGUCGUUAUAAACUUGUAGGUUUUAUAUCACACAUGGGCACUUCAUCGAUGGUUGGUCACUACGUAUGUCAUUUACUCAAAGAUGACCGAUGGGUUAUAUUUAAUGAUGAAAAAGUUGCAUUGUCAGAAAAUCCUCCAAAAGAACUUGGAUAUAUAUACAUGUAUCAACGUUUAGAUUUAUAGUUUAUAUGCCAACUUUUUUUUUUUUUAUAAGUAACAAUGUAUUGUGCUAAAUUUAUUAACGAAAUUUACAAUUCAUAUGUUAUUUACUACAUAAUUAAUAAAAAAAUUUAAAUUUAA